AUGAGUAGAUUUCCAGAACUGAAGAAUGACCUUAUUUUAAGGGCAGCUCGUGGUGAAAAAGUUGAACGUCCCCCAAUAUGGAUUAUGAGACAGGCCGGAAGAUAUCUUCCGGAGUACCAUGAGGUCAAAGGAGGUAGGGACUUCUUUGAAACUUGCAGGGAUGCUGAGAUUGCUUCUGAAAUUACUAUCCAGCCGAUUACGCAUUUUGACGGUCUGAUCGAUGCAGCUAUUAUCUUCAGUGAUAUCUUGGUGAUUCCUCAAGCUAUGGGCAUGGAAGUUAAGAUGGUGGACAAAGUUGGCCCACAGUUCCCCAAUCCGCUAAGAAAACCGUCUGACUUGGAUCAUUUGAAAAAAGACGUUGACGUUUUGAAGGAACUCGAUUGGGCCUUCAAAGCUAUCUCAUUGACCAGAAAAAAACUCAAUGGACGAGUGCCUUUGCUUGGAUUUUGUGGUGCUCCUUGGACUCUACUGGUUUAUAUGACUGAAGGAGGCGGUACCAAGAUGUUUCGAUUUGCAAAAGAGUGGAUCUACAAGUUUACCAAGGAAUCUCAUCAAUUACUCCAACAGAUCACUGACGUUGCAGUUGAAUUCUUAGCUCAGCAAGUUGUUGCAGGUGCCCAAAUGUUACAAGUUUUUGAAUCUUGGGGCGGUGAAUUGGGGCCUGAUGAAUUCGAUGAGUUUUCUUUGCCUUAUUUGAGACAGAUUUCCUCUAAACUUCCCCUGAGGUUGAAGGAACUUGGAAUCACAGAGAAUGUUCCCAUAACUGUCUUUGCUAAAGGCUCUUGGUACGCCUUGGAGCAAUUGUGCGACAGUGGUUAUGAUGUUGUCUCGUUGGAUUGGUUAUUCCGUCCAAGUGAUGCUGUCCAGAUUGCUAACGGAAGAAUCGCAUUGCAAGGUAAUCUUGACCCUGGAACCAUGUACGGCUCCAAAGAAACCAUUUCCAAGAAAGUGGACAAAAUGAUCAAGGGUUUUGGUGGAGGAAAGCAAAACUACAUAAUUAAUUUUGGACACGGCACUCAUCCAUUCAUGGAUCCAGAACAGAUCAGAUGGUUCUUACAAGAAUGUCAUCGCAUUGGAUCUCAAUAG